CCACACCCUCCCAUAUCGUUGGAGACGUAUCUGCCCCGCUCAGAAGAGCCAUCGACCCGGCACUCCUGCACAGCAGCUCAAAAGUCACAGCCUAGGGCCAAUCAGAGAAGCUGGUCGUCACGGCUUGGCAGAUACCGCGCUUCAACUGCGGCCGAACAUCCUUCCAUGCUGUCGCACACUUCUACCUGCAGGAGCCGAGGUCGCAGGCUGUGAUGAUUUCAUGCUCGAACUCAUUGUGGGCGUCGUGAAAAAGCUGAGUGCUGCUUUUGUGCGCCCGGAGACAUCAUGUCGUUAGCCCCGCCUGGAGCCGACUCCUCCAGCGCCGGAGCUGCCGCCGUACUCAUCUCAAAAACGUGCCAGAACUGCUUCUCACUGAAGAUCCGAUGCGACCGUACUCAGCGCCAGGACAUCUGCGACCGGUGUGCCCGCCUGGGUAAGCCAUGCAUAUUUCGGCCUGCCCGGCGACGUGACAACUCGGCCAAGCGCGACUCUCGAAUUCAAGCUCUCGAACAGCAGGUCAAGGAUCUGCUGCGACUCCAACAGAAGGGGCCCAUCGUACAGCAACCUCUCCCUGAAGGCUCCGCGACUGCUGCCCGUCAGAGUUCGCCACCUGUUGCCGGCGAGGGUGAUAUCAUCGAUGAUGAUGUCGUGUCUAUCGAACGGGCGGAGACGCUCGUGGCAAUGUACAAGACCGACAUGAUGCCACACUUUCCGUUCGUCAUAAUACCUCCACAUACAACUGCCGGCGACAUUCGACAUGCGAAGCCGUUCUUGUUCCUGGCUAUAAUCUCGGUGGCCUGCUAUCACGACCUCCAGACGCAGGACAAGCUGUAUCAUCGGUUCAAGUAUCUGGUCAGCGACAAAGUGCUAUACGGCGGUGAUGAGUGCUUGGAUCUGCAAUACCUCCAAGGUCUCUUGAUUGCUCUGGCUUGGAACCAAUUCCACGGACGAUCGAAGAAUUACUCGCAAUACCUCCAGCUUGCUAUAUCGAUAGCUGUCGACUUACGUCUUGAUCGCAAGCCCAUACACCAGAAGCCGAACGAAGGCAGCAAACGAGACCCAAUCGCAAGGGACCAGUACAAAGGCGAAGCCAAUUCGGACUCAGCCGCACAGCGAGCAGCGGCGGGCAUCUUCUACAUCGCUUCCACCAUUGCGAAACUGCUAGAUAAAAUGAACACGUUUGCAUGCACACCGUUCAUCGAGGAAGGAUGUCUACUCCUGCAGCAGAAGGCCGAGUAUAGGACAGACAAAGACCUAUACCAUGUCGUACGUCUGCAGCAAAUACUCGAGAACAUCGAUCAGAUCGCAAAAGUAGCGCACCACUCAGAGGCUGAUGCACAUUCAUCAUACCUCCGUGUGCGGGCAGAGCUUGAGGCGUUUAGAGUAUAUCUGUGCUCGGACGUCAGUGACAGUCACCUACUCUUCAUGCAGUUUCACACCGCAAAACUGUUUCUCUAUCAGGUCGCAUUCUUUGAACGCAACCUGCAGCAAUCUCCGUACUUACACUUGAACAUAUUGUGUGAGGGGUUGGAAGGCGCCAAGUCCUUCCUCGACCUGUACUUGUGGCUACCUCCGAAGUCAGAGAUGGCUCUUACCAAUAUUGAGUGGAUUCAGUUAUCUUUUGGUGUUACACUUGCUGCCAAGUUUGCCAUUGUCAGCAGGAAUCCACACGUCGAAGCCCAGACUCGCGAGUUGCGACAUCGACUCAAUAUUGAUCAUGUUUUCCGACACUUGGCUUUGCGCAUCGGAGCGUUAGUCGGACGAGCCGGCGACGGCAAUAAACAGAGGGACAUCUUCUACUAUUACGAGCAACGCACUCGUAAGAUACAGAACUGGUAUGAGAAGAUGAUACGGGCUACUGGCACGGCCAGCCCUCCGCAAGCAGCCUACCAGCAAAGGUCAUCGUCCCAAUCCCAAUCUCAACCGUCUCCACCUCCCUCAACUACAUCAUCUGAGGUUCCAGUCUCGACCACCUUCUCGCACCAACAACCACAGGGCUACACUGCGUCCAUCAACUACCCGGACUAUUCAUUGCCCCAAAAUUCGGGUCAGCCGCCUGUGCAACCGCCUAUGCAUCCACAACCGAUGGUCGAUGUAGGCAUGGCGCCAUUGAGCUCAUACCAGCAAUAUAGUCCAACACCUGCUAUUGCGUUUCCUGACCUCAUGAUGGCCCAGGGCUGGGAUAACAUGUUUGCAAUACCCAUGGAGCACGAUGCAACCUUUGACACAAGCCAGGGCUACGGUUUAGGCAUGGCGAGCCCACCAAGCGAUGGGUCGUCAUGGGCCGAAAGUCCGGCCAGUCAAUGAACACGUAGUGUUUGUGUAGCAUUCUGGCGACAUUGCAAUACCUUUAUACCAAUACGAUCGC